UAUGUUGAUUAAAUACUGUAAACAUUUUUAAGUAACGUUCCCAAUUCCAGGAAUUAUUUUAAGGGGAAUGGGGACAAGUUUUCGGCAAAAUGAUUUCUCGAAUCGUUUGGGUAGACAAGCGUUUCUUAUGAUUGGUUAAUGGUUGCCUUGAAUACCACUAGCUAUGCACACCAAAACGAUUCCAGAACCCACUGCACAUAAAGCUUUUACAUGUACCCAUUCUCUCCAGAGUUUCUUAAGUGCUGGGUAAUUAUAUCCCUUGAUUUUUUUAAUUAAUUUAACCGUCAGGAAAUUAUCCUUUUUUCAGGCUUUCACAGGAGCUUCCACUUCAUGAAUUUUCCAAGUAGCCGAGCGUUUUUUAGUUACGUUAAGUCAACGUUCUAUCAUUCCUCAUUUGCUCACUGCUAAUAUUCAAGUUUGAUGAAUUUUAGCUUUGGUCUUGACAAAAGUUAUUAGACCUGAGUAGCCUAAAGAAAAUGCCUUCAACAAAAGUACAAAUGCACAUGCAAUAUUUUCUUGCACUUGUGAUAAUAGUGAUAAUCAUCAUCUGUGCUUUAUGGAUAAACACAUUUCAGCCACGAUGGCUACUACCUCUUAAAAAUAUGAAUGCAUCUGCAUCGAUCUCGAAAUUAGACCCUGGGAACGGUGAAGUGUCCUCUUCAUCACCAUUAAACACUACACGCGUUGUACGAAGGAAAUGGUCCGUGCUUUUGGUCUACACUGGUUUUUUCGGCCAGCAAGAGUGGUUUAGAAUCACUGAAGAUUGCAAAUCACCACAGCUAAACGGGAGCUGUUCAAAAGAUUUGUUUAAUGUAACUUACGAUAAAGGCCGGUUUCUUGAAAGCGAUUAUGUCUUGUUUCACGGUAGAGACAUGCCCAGUACAAGUCACAUGAGAAUGAUUUGGAAGAAAAAGCCUUCUUCGCAGUUUUGGAUAUAUUUUCUCGAGGAAAGUCCAAGAGCUACUCCUGAUACGAGGCCCUUGAAUGGCAUGUUUGACAUAACCAUGACCUACAGAGUUGAUUCCGAUAUCUGGCAACCGUACGGUUCGUACGUAGAGAUUCCUUUAAAAGACCAGAAAAACGUUUUACAGGAAGAUUUUUCGGUUGGAAAAACCAAGCUUGUUUCCUGGAUGGUUAGCAAUUGCAACCCUCAGCUAAGAAAACUUUUUGUUCAUGAACUACAGAAAUAUAUUGCAGUUGAUGUAUUUGGAUCGUGUUCAAGAGAAUUUGGCCAACCAAAGUCUUGCCCAAAAGAAUCAUGUAAGGACAUUAUUAAAAAGUACAAGUUCUACCUCAGUUUUGAAAAUGCACUGUGUAAAGACUACAUUACUGAGAAGUACUGGUCACAUUUGGGUGAGUAAAACGUCGCUUUUUCUUUUGAACUUAAAAAACUUAAUCAUGCAACUUUUAGGGACUCUUACAAAACUUGCUAUGCAAACAGGGGGUUGGGGCGGGUUGGGGGAGUCUAUAAGGAACUCAGGAAUCUUAAGCUACGUGCAAAUGGAUGCAACAACUCCUACCAAACAAUGUUGAGAACUGUUGCGUCCGUGUUGGUAGUGGUUUGCAAACGGAUGCAACAACUCCCAACAAUGUUAGCCCAUCACGGGUGUUGGUCCGUCACGCGAAGUUAUUGCUUUGCUGUCUCCAAGGAGACCAUGUGUAAUGCGCGUGUGUGGCCCCAACAAUGUUGGGAGAGCUGUGCAAUAUUAGUGCGCUACGCUUCGUCGAUCACGGAACUAAAGAAAUAUUGGGAAUUGCGCAACAACAUGCAACAGGGUAUGCAAACGGACGCAACUUGUAACAACCAACAAUGUUGCGUCCGUUUGAGCGGGGCUUUACGGCUUGUUUUAUGGUUCUCAAUACUUUCGGUUAAAUGGGUCAAAGAGUUAAGCUUCGGCUAAACAAUUAAUCAUUUUUGUCAGGUCUAACAUGGUAUUGAUACGCCUUUUUACGGUCUGACUUUGUCUUACUGCAACACAGGUGACGAGAAUAUUGUACCAGUUGUGAUGGGAGGAGCAGACUACAGCAAACUUGCUAUUCCAGGUUCUUAUAUCAAUGUUCUGGAUUUCAAAACUGUGAAAGAUCUUGCAGAAUACCUUCAUUAUCUCGACAAGAACAUUACAGCUUACAACGAGUACUUUAAGUGGAGGAAAAGAUACCGUAUGGGCGGGGAUUGGUCUGUUCUCUGCCAAUUCUGCAAAAAAGGAAGUUCGUUAACUGGGCUCCAAUUAAAACACAACCAAGAUCUUUCUGACUUUUGGGUUAGACAAGGGAAAUGUGAUGAAAAGGACCAACUUGUGCGCAAGAUGUGGACUGCGCACAGUAGUGUGGUGUAUUUAUUAAUUUUAAUGACUCUUAUUUUAAUAACAAUUUUAGUAAUAGCGUUAAUAAUAAUUUAUUAUACACAGAUCUACAAGGUAACGUGA